AUGAUCCAAACACAUCGUUAUAGUAAAUGGCUAUUUGCCAUUUACUGGUUUUUGAUGGUACAUCCCUGGUACAUAUCACUGGUUUCUAAUGUAUUUCCUGAAAUUUAUACUUGGGAUAUUUGCGGUGCUGGUUUGAAAUUUCACACGAUCCAUUGCGUCUGUGAAAUGGAAGUGCCAAGUGUGAUCAUUUGCGCUCGAUCAGAUGAAGGAUGGAAUAUUGGUCAAAGUGAGAGGUUUGGUUCACCGAGCAUUGAAGAUCGAGGAGCUUCUUUAGGGAGCUCUCAUCCGCCAACAAAAUUGAGUUGCAACAACAUUAUCAACAGGGCUUCCAAAAUCCAGGUGCUUGAUGUUGUUUUGUGCGCUCAUCAAAAUUCAGCUUGGAAAUCAACGUGGGAGGAAAAUUGCAGAUUAUGAAAUGAAAGCUAGAAGGUUUAGGAGGGAUUUGUUAGAACUAAAGCCUAUUUUGACUUGCUACUGCAUCAAAAUGUACAAAAUUAGAAAUGUGCACCGGCGAAGUACUAAUUUUAAGUUCAUAUCGG